AUGUCUGAUCAACAGCUUCUUCUUGAGCGACAAGCUCGGCGGCAUGCUCUGGCCAAGGUUGAGGAGCGCAUCAAGCAAACACCUAAUAUGCAUGUCGAACCAAGCGACCUGAAGGCGGCUGGUAUCCGCCAUUUUCCUUUGUCCCUCGAGGGUACCAAGGACCGGCCGUCUUUCUUCAGACCGUACGAAGAGGAGCUGCCUCUUCCAGUUGAGGAAGACGAAUUUCUUCAGAUUGAGCUGACCCCGGAUAAUAUCAUGUGGGACACUCGUGCGUUGGAGCUCUUCCUCUUUGACCACUUCCAUGACUGCAGAGGGUCUGCCAAGCGCGAGUAUCCCCAAAACCCUCCGUAUGGUGUGUACCGAGAAAUUGGAGAUUUCAAGUUUGGCCAAUUACUGGAGUGUGGGAAGUUUAACUGGUAUGCUGUUUCGGUGACUGAUUACCCAGACGAGAACUUGCCCCACAUCAAGGCAAUAGUGGAAAAUGAUGCUAUUGGUGAUGGUAGACUACUCCGUGGCGAAAUCAUGACAAUUACAGACAUCAUGAGGGCCCGUCUAAGAAGCAACACACUACGACUGCAUAUUGUUGCUCCGAUGCUGGUUCUUUCCCUCAUGGGCCCCCGUCAUGCCCGUGUUCUAGAGGCCGAUUUUGAUGGAGCGAUGCUUAACAUCCGCGCUUCGAAGUUGUAUGAUUUCACGCGGAAGAACACAGAUGCUGUGCAGCUGCUGACGCGGUAUUGGCUGGGUGGGGCAUGCGGCCAGACCACGAUGAAACCCUAA